CCCCCGUCCUCUCCCUUCUUUCCCAUGCACACGGAUUAGGGCACCCACCGCCGCUCGCUCGCCCUCUUGGUGGCGGAGCCUCCUCUCUUUUAGAGCAAAAGCCCAUCCCCGAAAACCCACACCUCUCCUCCCAGCGCCGGCGGUCGCUUCUGUCUCCUCAUCUCUGCCAUGGCGGCCAACCCCGCGAGCGUCGGCAGCCGGACCAGCGUCCGCGUCGUCGUCAUCGGCGACCCCGGCACCGGCAAGUCCAGCCUGAUCGUCUCCGUCGCCACCGAGACCUUCCCCGAGAACGUCCCCGACGUCCUGCCCCCGACCCGCCUUCCCGCUGACUACUACCCCGAUCGCGUUCCUACUACCAUCAUCGACACCUCCUCGAGCCCGGAGAACAAGAGCAAGCUUAUCAGCGAGUGCCAGAUGGCCGACGCCAUCGUCCUUACCUACGCCUGUGAUCGCCCCUCCACCCUCGACCGCCUCAGUACCUACUGGCUCCCGGAACUCCGCCGCCUCGAGGUAAAGGUACCGGUGAUUGUGGUCGGUUGCAAGCUGGAUCUGCGCGACGAGCAGCAGGUGAGCCUGGAGCAGGUGAUGUCGCCGAUCAUGCAGCAGUUUCGAGAGAUCGAGACUUGCAUCGAGUGUUCUUCCCUCAGGCAGAUUCAGGUUCCUGAGGUUUUCUAUUAUGCCCAGAAGGCAGUGCUUCAUCCUACUGCCCCACUUUUUGAUCAAGAAACACAGUCCCUAAAGCCUCGAUGUGUGAGGGCUUUGAAACGGAUAUUCAUUCUCUGUGACCAUGACAGAGAUGGAGCUCUCAGUGAUGCAGAGUUGAAUGACUUUCAGGUUAGAUGUUUUAAUGCUCCUCUACAGCCUACUGAAAUUGUGGGUGUCAAGAGGGUUGUGCAAGAAAAGAUGCCUGAGGGGGUUAAUGAGCAUGGCCUUACAUUGACCGGAUUCCUUUUUCUCCAUGCACUUUUUAUAGAAAAAGGCCGUCUUGAAACAACGUGGACAGUGUUAAGAAAAUUUGGAUAUGACGAUGAUAUUAAACUUAGGGAUGAUCUCCUUCCAUUAACAUUUAAACGAGCCCCUGAUCAGAGUGUGGAGCUGACAAAUGAAGCCGUGGAGUUCUUGAAGGGAGUCUUCUUCAUGUUUGAUAUUGACAAUGAUGGGGCUCUGCGACCUGCUGAACUUGAAGAUCUGUUUUCAACUGCACCAGAGAGCCCUUGGUCUGAACCUCCUUACAAGGAUGCUGCAGAAAAGAACGUGCUAGGAGGAUUGUCACUUGAAGGAUUUCUUUCAGAGUGGGCCCUCAUGACACUUCUAGAUCCAGCAGGUAGUCUGGCUAAUCUGAUAUACAUUGGAUACACUGGUGAUGCUGCUUCAGCAUUUCAUAUAACCAGAAAAAGGAGGUUAGAUCGUAAACGUCAACAAUCCCAGAGAAAUGUUCUGCAGUGCUUUGUCUUUGGUCCUAAAAAUGCUGGAAAAUCUGCAUUGUUAAACACACUGGUUGAGAGGACAUUCUCUGAGAAGUAUACACCAACAACCAGGGAGCGGUUUGCAGCAAAUAUUGUUGAACUACCAGGAGGGGUAAAAAAGACACUAGUGAUGCGAGAGGUACCAGAAGAUGAAGUCCAAACGAUGCUCUCAAAUAAGGAGUCUUUAGCAACUUGUGACAUAGCAGUAUUUGUUCAUGAUAGUUCGGAUGAAAAUUCAUGGACGAAAGCAAAAGAUUUGCUGAUGCAAGUCGCUAGUCAUGGAGAAAAUACUGGCUUCGAGGUUCCUUGCCUUAUUGUUUCUGCUAAGGAUGAUCUUGAUCCAUAUCCCUUGGCCAUACAGGACUCAACGAGGGUAAGCCAGGACAUGGGAAUAGAGACACCUAUACCUGUCAGCUUUAAGUUAAGAGAUUUCAAUAAUGUCUUCCGUAGGAUAAUUACUGCUGCACAACAUCCCCAUAUGAGCAUUCCUGAAACUGAAGCUGGAAGAAACCGCAAGCACUAUCACCGGCUCGUAAAUCGUUCCCUCAUGUUAGUUUCAGUUGGGGCUGCUGUGGCAGUUGUUGGACUGGCUGCUUAUAGGGUUUAUGCAGCUAGGAAGAAUAAAUAGCCUGAGGAUCUCAAUUGGGUGCCUCGAGUUGCUUGGCAAAACAGCAGAAGCGGUUGUAGUAGCUUCGCUGCUUUUUUGGAACUGUCCUCUGUGGCCUUUCGUUCUUCGAAGAUGGACGGUUCUAUCACCAGCUUCCAUCAAGGCCAGAGCAAAUUUCUAGUUACAACGCUGUCUCUGGUUUUCUGUUUCUGCUUUUGAGAUGUUUAAAUGUUGUUGCCUUAGCCUUUUAUUGAUGGAAAGCUUGAAGUUUUUGUUGGUGGAUAAGGGUAACCUAAACGCUCUAGGCUGCCCUUCUCUUUUUUGUUAUUUCUCAUAUCUGUUACGUUGUCAGAUGGCUCAAUUUUGGAGUCUCUGGCUUCCGCAUACCAUCUCUUGUGCUAGGGAUGAGAGCUUGUUGGUUAUACAGAUGGAGCUAUACUACGGUUACCAUGGGGCAUUUUUAUUCAUCUCCAUCUUAAAACCAUUUCCUUA